AUGUGCCUCCGGUUCUCCACGGCUAAUGUCGCCGAUUCAAAAAAAGGUUGGAAGACUCUGAAGGGCAAUACCGAGCCUGUAUGGCCACCUUAUCUCGAAGCCACGAUGCUGGAAGGUCUUCAUCAAUAUAAACCCGUCGACUCGCGGGAAACUCAAAUUUUAGGACGAUUCCCUAUGCGCAAUCGCUUCAUCUCGGAGUACAUUUACCACAAAACGGGAAAGUACAGAUCAUCCAAACAAAUAGGCAGUCGACUACAGCAAUUUAGGGACACAUCCGAGGGACGGGAAUUGAUCGAUUCCCUCACCCGAUCUUAUCUCAGUACGCGGAGUGAAGUCGGCUCGCCACGGAGGUUUUCUCCUCAUAACCAUGUUUUUGAGGGUGAAUCCAUGCCUCCGCUCGACUAUAUAUCUCUCGACUCUUCAGGAAGCGAAACCUCAUCCGCCUCCUCAUCUUACGGUUCCUCUGCAGAAUACAUUGACACUGCAAUGCCAUCCUCUAAACGAAACAACCUUCCUGACAACCGUACUCCAGUGUACAUUGACAUCUUGCCAGAGGCUAGCUCAUUCUCGAGCUCAUCCUCCUCACGUUCACGCGUACCAUCUUCUUCAUACAAGUCCUUUCAUGGUGCAGCUGCAUCCCAACCCUCCCCGAAUGCACCACGUUGCAUGAGGGACAUCGAUCCCACCGUAACCUUCGUCUCACCCUCUACUGUCAUCGGCAAGUCAUCCUAUAUAGUGUUAUUGGAUGGCGCACCCAUACACAGCGAGGACACGAAACUCGAAUGUGUCGGACCAUAUUUCGCUGGUUCUUCCGGUGACGGCCCGUUGCUCUACAGCACGGCUCUGGUUCCCAAGUAUUGGGAUACCUUGUGCAAGUCUCCAGACCCCACCGUAUACACCAUUAUUCAGGAUGUGUACCGUUCUCCUGACUCAGCAACUUCCUCAAGGAACUCGGGUCGCCCACGCCCUGUCCUCAUAUUUUCUGCUAUAUACCACUUCCGAUACCCGGCAUCUACACGCGCGCCUCCACCUUCCAUCCCACCGCACUUGUCAUAUCAACCCAAUUCUGCAUCUUUCUCGCACAACCACAACACUCAUCCUUAUCCCAACAUGACCAACCCCAUCCGCCCGCCCCCAUUCCAAAACUCCUCCAUGUCUCCGAGUUUCUCGGACCCAGGGAUGUUCCAAUCAUAUGACUACAGCACGCAAUACCGGCUGGAUGAGCCAUUCAGACUGGACGUUAACAUGGAUAACUUUUCCCUCGAUGACUUCGUGGUCAACAUUAAUGACUCACCCGACGCGGCAUCAAAUGACAUGAUGGCUCAGUCGUCAUCAUCAAGCUUCCCGAAGGACAUCCGGAAUUAUAUCAUGUAAAACUAUUGUACAUAUAAUCGUAAUAUCAGCACGUACUGUAUGCUCGAUAUUCAUCAUAAUGGGUCCUCUGAUCGGCCCAGAUGCUUCCAGACUGGACUCUCGUUCGUGUAGGUUGGUAUUCAUUCGACUGAGAUUAAAGGACGCGAUAUUUGCGUUCUGUUGGCUUCCGAUACGGGCAAUUCAUGCCGCGCUUCUUGUGAUGCUAGUCAUCUGAUGUGAAGUAGUAGGUCCGUUAUUAUGACAGAUAUGUAUAACUACGCCGACGCAGGGAUCUCCAAAUUCAAUUACUCGAAGC